ACUUUGGGUGGCCCAUGCCAAGGGUGAAGCAGGAGGGUUACGUAGCGUUGGAAAGAGUUUCCUGCCUGGGUUUAGGUAAUGCUGUCUGAGCUGUGGCUGGGUGCCGGGCUUGAACUCUGCAAGCACUUUGGUGAGCUCGCAGGCAGACAGGGAGUUCUGGAAGGGAGAAAUUGCAGGGAUCUGCUUUUAGAUUUUAUUUUUUCUGGUUUUGCUGUAGUCUGGUAAGUGCCUCCAAAAGGAGCUCAUGUUAGAGACUGGAAUCUUGAGUUUCACCCAUUUAAAGUGAGUAUCCUAAUGUCAGAUGAGAUACCCAGUUCUCUUUUUUUUGCCUACUGUUUUUCUGUCUCCUUGCUUUCACUGUCAUCUCACCCUGUGUCGGAGUUUGGUGUUUGAGCUAUGCCUAGCAAACCAGGCCUUUUAAAGGACAUGUGCCAGGAGAGCUGCUGUUCAAUUCCGAGAUGACCCCAGACAGAAGAAGUGGCUGCCUUUUAGCUUGUCAGACAGCGUAAUCUGAGCAGAGAGAAGAUGGUGGGGACCAUGAGCAGUUUUCCCAGGUUGCCAGAUGGAUGCCAGAGACAAGCAGCUUUUACGCUCCCUGCGCCUGGAGCUCUGUACGGAGGUGCUGGUGGAUGGACUGGUUAUUCAGUAUCUCUACCAAGAAGGGAUUCUCACAGACAGUCACGUUCAAGAGAUAAAAUCCCAAACCACAAGUCAAAGGAAAACCAUGAUGCUCCUUGACAUUCUCCCUACGAGAGGACCUAAAGCUUUUGAUGCAUUCUUGGAGUCCUUACAGGAGUUCCCGUGGGUUAAAGACAAGCUGAAGGCAAAGCGUAAGGAAAUGACAGUACAAGAUCCUGCAGACGUAACUGAAAUUGCACCAUGUAUUUUGAAGAGCUCACCAACAGAUCAGCAGAUGAACAAGCUUGCAAAGAGACUGGGACCUGAAUGGGAGCAUAUUGUUCUGUGCUUGGGUUUGUCCCAUACUGACAUCUAUCGAUGUAAAGUCAAUCACCCUCACAACGUGCAGUCACAGAUUGUAGCAGCAUUUGUCCUGUGGAGACAGCGUUUUGGGAAGAAAGCAACAAUCCAAAGUCUGCAAGCCAGUCUGAUGGCAGAAGAAGUGGAUCCUUCUGUGAUACAGUACAUGCUCGAGUGAAGCCUUGCUGUUGAUUGGGAGCUUUCACGCACUUUACUAAAUUAAAUAAAGAGGAUUCACUAAGAUGUAUUGAAGAUCUGGUGCAUCAAACUGGGAGAACUGGGACUGAGAACUGUGAUUUUAUUAAGCUUAUACAUUCCAGUUUUCUGUGGCAUCUUGUGAUUUAUAAUUCCUUUCAUGCCAGAUUAAUUUUUAGCAGGCAUUAAAAAAUGGAUCACUCUUU